UCCGAAAAUAACAGAGACGGUGCGGCACCACUUGCCGCCGGUGGAACCCAUUAUCAGAAGCUUCUUAUUCUCUUCCUUGUGAUUUCGAAAUUCGAAAUUCAGAAACCAAAUCGAGCGAAUAUAUAUAUUUAUAUAUAUAAUUUUAAUUUCUUUUUAGCGAAAGCAACUUGCGCCUUGUCUCUCUUUUCCAAAAGCUGUGUGAUAGAUCAGUGAAACUUCUUACUGAAAUGAAGUCGAAGUAGCCCAAGAAAACGACGCCGUAAAAUGCUGUGCAGAAGGGGUUCCCGGAGACGCAGUUCAGGAUCGGUGCCGGUGUACCUCAAUGUGUACGAUCUGACUCCCAUUAACGGCUACGCGUACUGGUUCGGCCUCGGGGUGUACCAUUCCGGCGUUCAAGUUCACGGAGUAGAAUACGCAUUCGGAGCUCACGAGUACUCGACGACGGGGAUUUUCGAAGCCGAGCCGAGACGAUGCGAUGGGUUCGCGUUCCGGAAGACGAUACUGGUCGGAAAGACGGAUAUGGGAGCGGAGGAGGUCAGGUGCGUGAUGGAAGAGCUCGCCGGCGAGUACAAAGGAAAUGCAUAUAAUCUCAUCACCAAGAACUGCAACCAUUUCUGCAACGAUGCUUGUAUCAGACUCACCGGAAAUCCGAUUCCCAAUUGGGUGAAUCGUCUUGCGAGAAUCGGGUUUUUGUGCAACUGUGUGCUUCCGGUGACCUUGAAUUCGACGAGAGUGAGGCAUCACAGAAUAGACGACAAGCACUGUUGUGGUGAAGGAGAGAAGCAAGCAUUAACGAGUGAGACGAGUACUGAUAAAGUGACUGUUUCGAAUUCAACAUCAUCGGCAACAUCGUCGCCGGCAUCUGGUUCCAGAUUGCGUAGGGGAAGGAGUAGAACCAGACGUCCUCUUCCUCCUUCUUCACCGUUGAUAAUUGGUUCUUCUGCGUCUUCUUGAUCUGUGAAGUCAAUUCUGAAACAUUAAUUUCUUUCUUUGUUUUUUUUUUUUUGGUGCCUCUUCAUUUUCAAAUUUACAAUUAAAGAAGGAACAUUAACCUAUUAUUAGUUUUUUUAAUUUGAAUUUGUGAAUGUUGUUCAUUCUUGUCACCCAAUUAGCAGCUUAUAAGGCUUCUAUGUCGGAAAACUUGGCAGGAAUCCCGGAGAUCAUAUACC